AGUAGGCAUGAGGUAACGGUAUUCCUUCAUGGAGAAUGGUCUGAUCGCAGGAUUGGGAAUCCGUCCCAGACACUUCCGGGGAGGUCGGUUGAUUCCAAGAGGACCAUAACAGUUGUAGGCUGGGAGACCAGAAAAGCAGAGCCCAAGAAUGAAGGCGCAUAGCGCAUAGUUAAGCCGCACCAGUUUUCUGGCCGUUGGAGCCGAUGCCCCUGAGUAUGCAAGCCUCUUUGGCUUUUCCCUCCCCAUACCAAGUCCCCUCAAGUGGAUGCCGCUGCUGCUGGCCACUAGCCACUAGUUGGACUAGACCAACCUCCGAGAAAUUGAAACCACCUUCGCUUCUCUCCUACGAUCAGCACUUCAUCUCUUUCUUCUCCCUGCUUGUUGCCGCCCCCUUCUCCCUCCCCCUCUGUUUUCACAUCCCCCCCAGCCCUGUGGGCAUCUAUUUGAAUACUACUUUCCUUUCUAUGCCUUGAGGGCUGUGAUCGCCGGGGUGUUGUGUUCCAGUCCACUUUCAACUCCACCCACCACCACACGACCCCCUGGCCACAUUUUUUUUUUGGAACGCCGAGUGGCCUGUGUAUGGGACGCUUCCAACGGUUCCCGGCGCGGUUCCUGGUUUCCGACUCCAUCUCCAACUGAAAAUACACCCACCGCAACUUUCCCCUGGUUCCGCCCCGGUCGCAGUGCCAUUUCUACAAACCACGAUUCCCCUCCAACUUUCCUCCACCGAACCACUGGCCUUGAAUAUCUGCUGGGAGCCGGAUCUGCCUAAACUGGGACAAUUGCACACGCCGUCUGCUCAAUCCGACCAGUGGGCGUUGAUUACUACCCAUUGCGCCGUUGAACGACCGAUUACGACACGCUCACGAUGGCUUUUUUGUUCAAAUCCAAGAAAAAUCAACAAGGGACCACGCUACCUCCAGCGACGAGGAACGUCCAUACAUCCGAAGGCGCCCCAUCCGCCGGUGGUCCUCCUCCGAUGACCAACGGAAUCAAAGAAGGCAAUGCUUUUGCGCAGCAGACACCUACGCCGAGCAGCAGUUACAACAACUCGCUGAAUUCGGCUACUAGUCCAACUAGUCCGGAUCCCGUCAGAAUGCGACAACGGGCUGAAUCAGAGUCCCAGGUCCAGCGACCCCAGCAGCCUCCUAAUGGCGUAUCUCCGACGAGUCCGAACUCUUCCCUCUACCCAUGGUCGCAACGACGCCUCAACUUUUCCUCUCCGCAAAUGAACCCAUUCCCCCGAUAUGGAGCCGCGAUCAACGCCGUAGCAUCGAAAGAAGGCGACAUCUACAUGAUGGGCGGUCUGAUCGAUGGUUCGACGGUCAAGGGUGAUUUGUGGAUGAUUGAGAGCAGUGGUGGCAGUCUGUCCUGUUUCCAAAUUGCGACGGUUUCAGAGGGCCCGGGGCCGCGAGUUGGCCAUGCUAGUUUGUUGGUAGGCAAUGCGUUCAUUGUGUUUGGUGGUGACACCAAGAUCAACGAGACGGAUGCUUUGGAUGACACUCUUUAUCUUUUGAACACUUCUUCUCGACAAUGGUCUCGUGCGAUUCCUCCCGGUUCUCGUCCGUCUGGCCGAUAUGGCCACACACUCAACAUUCUCGGCUCUAAGCUUUACGUGUUUGGUGGUCAAGUGGAGGGUUUCUUCUUCAAUGACUUGGUGGCAUUCGACCUAAACCAGCUCCAGAACCCUACAAAUAAGUGGGAGCUGCUUGUUCAAAAUAGCCAUGAGGGUGGACCCCCCGAGGGUGAAAUCCCCCCGGCUAGAACCAAUCACACUCUUGUCAGUCACAACGACAAACUGUACCUAUUCGGAGGAACGAAUGGUGUCAAGUGGUUCAACGAUGUUUGGACCUUUGACCCUCGUAACAAUUCCUGGACCGAGCUAGACUGCGUGGGUUUCAUUCCGACUCCCAGAGAGGGUCAUGCGGCUGCCCUCGUCAACGAUGUGAUGUAUGUAUUCGGUGGACGUACUGACGAGGGAAUGGAUCUGGGAGAUCUCUCUGCAUUCCGCAUAACCACUCGCCGCUGGUACUCGUUCCAGAACAUGGGUCCUGCGCCAUCUCCUCGAUCCGGACACAGUAUGACUGCUUUUGGCAAGCAGAUCAUUGUGAUGGCUGGAGAGCCAAGCUCGGCCCCGAGGGAUCCCGCAGAGCUUAGCAUGGCCUAUAUUCUCGACACUGGCAAGAUCAGAUACCCUAAUGAUUCGCAGUCAAGUGACCGCGCCGCAGUCCCGGCCGGCAGGAAGAUCAGCACUGACAAACAAGGCCCCUCGUCUGGACGUACAUCUCGCGAGGCUCAAAACGCGACUCCGGACCACCUGCGUCGUGGACCGACACCAUCUCGUGAGAGCAUUAUUCAAGCUGCGGGUGCGAAACCUGGAGAGCUCGGGUCAAACCCUAAUCUCGGCCUUGGAUCCCGACUACCAAGAGCUUCAAUUGCACAGGCGCCUGCUGGGCCACCACCCCACGGUCAAGCCCCAUCUCCAGGCCCCCGGGCUAAUGGAUCCCAACCUGCAAUCAACCCUCGCAGCAAGACACCUCCCAAGAACGAUCGUGGGUUUACGCCAACCAUAGAUGUCCGCGAAGCAAAUGCCGAGCGAAAUGUUGAAUCUCCCGUGGCCAAAGAUAUGCACGAGAACUCAGGCUCUUCCGGUCAACGGACCCCAACCCAGCAGCCACAAAAGAUUACCGCGAAGGCAAUGGAGGCUGGAGAGGCCGCUCCGAUGAUGACACCUGCUCGCCAAAGAUCAUUGCGCCAGCACCGGCAGCGGGGCUCUAUGGAUAGCGCGGAGGAGUCUAUUCUUGGCCGACAAGCUGCCAGCAUUGACGGCUCUAUUGAGUCUCGGAGCUUCCGCAACUCCAGGACCCUUGGUGAUGAGCCGCGGUCGCCCAGGCUGACUCCUCACCAAGAGGCUUUGAUCAAGGAACUGGAGGCAGCCAAGGCUCGCAAUGCUUGGUACGCAUCCGAGCUGUCAUUGGCGAGAAGGGCUGGCUACGUCCCCAAUGCAGCAAGCAGCCCUGCCAUCGAUGACCGCAUCAACGAGUCUCUCAAUGAUGAGGAUCGUCCUCUGGUGGAAGCAUUCCUUUCCAUGAGGGCCGAGUUGGCGAAGAUGCAGGCUACUGUGGACCGCCAAGCUGCCAUCGCCUCCAAGCGGAUCGCGGAAGUCGAACAUCAGCGCGACGUGGCUGUCAGUGAAGCCGCCUACUCAAAAACCAGGCUUGCCGCCCACGGUGGUAGCCAGCGAGGCACUCCUCAGCCCGAAGGUCCUCGUGAUGGAGAGGAUGAGCGCCCAACCGACAUGGGUCGCCGACUCGCACUGGCUUUGGCCUCUCAGUCGGAGCUGAAGGCUAAGCUGGAGGCGAUAACCAUUGAUCUCCAGCAAGAAAAGCAAGCCAAGGAGCUCGCUGAGGAUACCAUUGAGGCCACUCGCAAGCGUCUGGCAGAGCUGGAAAUGUCGAACAGCACACUAGAGGCCGAGAAUCUGCGGGCUGAGCUGCACAAAGCCGAAGCCAGCGCGAGAGAAGAGGCCCUGCUGCGCUCGGAAGCCGAGGCUUCCUUGAAACAGCUCAUCAUCGACAAGGAGGAGCUCAUGAAACACGCAGAGGACUCUUCUGGACGUCUGAAGGACUUCAAGAGCAACUUUGAUAGCUUGCGGGAGGCCGUUGCGGCUUCAACUGCAAAGGCUGCUAUUGUGGAGAAGCAGCUACAUGAAGAGCGAGAACGCCGUGAAGGUCUGGAGCGUAAGCUCCUCCAGCUCCGCUCUGAACACGAAGAGCGAACAACCGAGUUGGAGAACACUACUCGGCGCCUACGUGAUGCCGAGGAACUGGCUGAGAUUCACGCCAAGGAGGCCGAGACGCAUAAGCUGGCUUUCGUUUCUGGCCUCGAACGUGCCUCAUCGGUUGAUCUGGAAACCUCGAUUAAAUCUCGUGCCGACCAGCGUGUUGCGGCUCUGGAGGCCCAGGUCGAACGAUCUACCACUCUGGCCAAGGCCAAUCAGGCCGCUGCCGAUGCAGCCGCGGAAAAGCUGCGUCGGGCCGAAGAGAGAAUUGCUGGACUGGAGGCCUACCAGGAACAAGCCAGCCGCGAGGGACUGCAGCUGCGGAGACAGCUCCAGACCGCUAUGAAGGAGAGCCAGGCGGCGACUGUGGAAAGCCGAGACUUAAAGUCUCAGCUUGAGACCCAUCAGCGAGAAGCCAAUGCUUUGAACAUUCAGCACGCUGCUCUGAAGGAUCUCCUCGGCGAACGUGGCAUCAGCGCUGAUAGUCGGCGAUCCCCUCGCCUUGAGUCACCAGGCUCUCGCUUCGGCACACCAGAGCAGAGCCGGCUGCGCGAGCUUGAGCAGCAGCUAUCAACCAGCUUGAAGGCUCACGAUGAUCUCAAGAAUUCCUUUGAAAUUCGAGAGCAGGAAGCUGAUCGUACGUUCCGGGAGAAGCUGGAACAGCUGGAGAAUGAUUACCAGUCAGCGGUGCACUACGUGAAGGGUACUGAAAAGAUGCUGAAGCGCAUGAAGGAUGAGCUCAGCCGGUAUAAGAUUCAAAACGCCAAAUUGCAGUCUGAACUUGAGACUUCCCAAAAGAGUCUCGAGAGCGGAGACGACCAGUCAGAGGCGGCUGCUGCCGAAUGGGAGAACGAGCGCGCUCGACUCCAAAAAUCCAUCUCCGAUUUGGAAUCAAGUACCUCCUCCUCCCUGGAGAGCUUAGAGGCCCAGAUCUCGGAAAUGAAGGAGCAGCUCGCCGCAGCCGAAGCUGAGAAAGAAAAGGCGCAGGCUGAACAUGAACGCUCCCAGCGAGAGCUCCUUGCCGCUGCUGACCGUAGCCGUGCCGAACUGGAGCAGCUCAAGAACGAGAACCUUCACCUUGAGACCCGUGCCACGGAUGCGGAACAGAAGGUCAAUAUGCUCUUGGUGCAGGUUGAGACUUCCGUCGGUCACUACCGCCGCCAGUCUCAGCACGGUGGCCAGGGACCGAAUGGCAUCUCUCGCACUCACAGUAACGCAUCCAGCAACACCAUCAGUGGCCGAGCCCGCGCUGACAGUAGCGUCUCCCAAGACUCCACCACUUUCCCAGACAACCGUGGUUCUAUGGCCUUGGACUCGCUUGCCAACGAGUUGGAGGCCCUUCGUACCCACUGGGAAAGCACCAACCGCAACUAUCGCUUGAGCAGCCAGCUGGAUCUGGAGCGGACCCCGACCAAGGAGAAUAGCGAUGGCCCUGCUUUGAUGAGUGAUAGCUUGGCGGAGUGGCGGAGGCGACUGGAUGAGGAAGAACGUGCUGGAGGUAACAAGGGCAAGCCCGAGAUUGCUUCCAACGUGAUCUAAGUCCUGCAUUCGCGCAUCUCUUACCCAUUCUAUGACCAUGUGCAUUGAGAUAUGUCGAUUCGCAACUUUUCUUCCUUUUUGAGCGCCUUCCAUGUGUACCUCAUUUUGCGUUCCUUUGUUUACUGUCCUUUGGUGCCAUUUUGGCUUCCGUCUUGAUCACCACUUCAAGGGACGGGAUCCCCUUCGUUACUAUUACCCUCUGUUGUUUUCUUGGUUUAAUCUUCUCGAUCACUCUCUGUCCUCCCCCUCUUGUCUCUGUUCUUUCCCCCCUUCUCUUUCCUUUUUCUUAUACCCCGGUUUUCCGAUGUUCAUUGGACCCUGGCUGUACCACUAGCACACUCUACACGAACCCUACCAUCUUACUUAUAUAGUCAGAGAAAUCACUAUCGUUGCCUCUCCGAAAAGACUACGUACUGCUAUACUGCAGGCCCUUCGCAAGUAGAUUUCUGUAGUGUUCCGUACCAUAUUAAGAGCGAUUCGGGCACGGCGUUAUCGUC